AUGGGUGUGCGUCGAAGGAAAGAGGACGGACAGAGCGCGGAAUCCGUGAAUUAUCAAGGAUACGAUCCUCUUGCGGAUGGCAAAACGAAGAGAACUCCGGAAGCCAUUGGAUUCAGACAUUGGAUAAUUUUCAUUCUUACUAUCGCGAUUGUCUAUGGCGGAGUUGUGUUUUUGCACAGAAGAAUGCCACCUGUUUUGGAUGGCUCGUCGUUUGAUGAGUUCAGCGAGCAGCGGGCUCGUGUUCUCCUCAAACAACUUGUCGCAUUGGGUCCUAGACCAAGUGGAUCGAGAAAUCUCGAAGUAAAAGCGUUUGGAAUGAUUCAGGAUAGAAUAGGAAAGGUUCAGACUACCGUAGAUAGCAUAGGAAUCAACCGGGUCGAAUCUGAUGUUCAGAGACCAUCGGGAUGUUUUGAUCUCAAAUUUUUGAGUUCUUUCACACUUUGUUACCACAAGAUCACAAAUAUUGCGGUCCGAAUUGGACCGAAAGCGGGCCCGACUGAUAGCGCUUUAAUGCUUAAUUGUCAUUUUGACACGAUGCCAGAUACACCGGGAGCAACUGAUGAUGCGGUGGCCUGCGCGAUUAUGAUGGAUGUUCUGGAGGUUCUUGCUAAUUCGAAGAAGGAGCUGAAACAUGAUGUGGUUUUCUUGUUCAAUGGAGCUGAAGAGAACUUUUUGCAAGCGGCCCAUGGUUUUAUCAAUCAGCACCCAUGGCGCCACAAUAUUCGGGCGUUCAUCAAUCUUGAAGGAACCGGUUCCGGUGGCCGCGAAAUUCUGUUCCAGGCGGGACCCGGAAACUCUUGGCUUCUUCAAACGUACCUUGAGAAUGCACCACAUCCUUUCUGCUCAGUUCUUGCACAGGAGAUCUUCCAGUCUGGAAUCAUACCAUCUGACACCGAUUUCCGAAUUUUCCGAGAUUAUGGAAGAAUCUCGGGACUUGACAUAGCCUAUACCAAAAACGGUUGGUUUUAUCACACCGAAUUCGAUGAAGAAUGGAGAAUCGAGCCAGGAGCGAUUCAAAGAGCCGGAGAGAAUGUUCUCGCUGUUGUCAAAGCUAUUCUUGUUUCACCAUAUUUGGAGAAGCCCACAACAUUCGAAGAAGAGAACCGUUGGGUAUUCUAUGAUGUUGUCGGAUUAUUCACCGUCUAUUAUACUGUAACCGUCGGGAAACUCAUCAACUAUUCGGCAUGCCUUCUUACAAUACUCCUGGUCCUUAGAAGAAUCCAUAAAGGAUUCUAUGGAUUCCGAGAUAUGAUUCAGGCAUUUAAACACCAUGUUCAUGCUCUUCUUGCGAUGACUGUCUGCCUCAUUUGCAUCAUCUGCUUCGUGAUUUCGACCGAUUUGGUCAUGUGCUGGUAUAAGAUGCCGGAGAUUGUCGGACCACUGUAUGUAUUGCCAAUGCUUAUUGUUGGAGCUAUUGUACAUUCACAUUACGCUGAUAAGAACAAGAUCAAAAAUGUUGAAAUGGUGCAAUACGAUUCGAUUCUCAUUUCGUUCGCAUCCAUCCUGUUCCUAAUGACUUGGUACAAUUUGGCAUCCGCAUUUUACGUCCUUAAUUAUCUCAUUCUUCCGGCUUUCAAAGACACGAUUAUUUAUAUUCUGGGAUUAUUCGGAAUUAUUAAAAGAGUAACUCCCCGAGUGCUGUUCUUCACUCAGCUUUUCUGCUUUAUUCCGCCGUUCGUAUUCGCCGCGUACGCUAUCAGUCAAUGUGUUGACUUCUUUGUUCCGGUGAUGGGAAGACUUGGAAAUGCGAUCAAUCCGGAAUUCAUUAUUGGACCGAUUGGACUCGUCAUCGCUUCUAGCUUUAUCCUCUUUGUGAACAACUUGUUCUACAUUUCUCGCCGCAUGAACUACAUCAUCAAGGUGUUGUCUGCAAUCGCCUUCUUGUUUUUCCUUAUUCUGUUGACAACCCGUGUUGGGCAUCCUUAUCAUUAUUCCAAGGAAGAUCCAAGAUUGAGAAGAAUUAUUGCAUUGCAUGCGAAUCGAUCGAUUUACGACUUUGACGGUAAGUUGAAGCAAAGGGACAACGCACUUUUCGUGCACUCAUUGGAUUACAGAGGUGCAUUUGACCUUCCGGCCCACUCAUUCCUGCAGGGAAGUUCCCCGCCGAAUUGCACAGGAAUUCUUGACGAAUACUGCCGAAUGCCGUAUUACACUGCUAUUCAUGAGUUGUUCCCACCGGAGCAGUCUCUCUGGGUUCCUGUUCCGUCGCCAGCCGUCAUCCCACAUCCGAUUAAACUAGAUCUCGUAUCUAAGGAACUUGUCGGAGAGAACAAAUUAAAUCUCACGUUUGAGCUUCGUGGUGGAUUCGAUAAACUAUCGCUUCAUGUUACCCCACUCAACUCCUACGAGCUUUCGGCAUGGUCGUUCACAGACAUCGACCUUGACGAAUUUGGAAGACGCCAAACUUAUUUCGUCUUCCUGACUUAUGGAUAUGAAGCUCCGGAUGUUCGAAGAUUUUGGAUUCUUCUCGAAAAUGCUCAUAAGAAAUCUCCUGAUCCAAAUGUGGAACCAAAUUUGGAAUUGUCUGUGGCAACUCACUAUGCUCAUGGAACAUUCCAAGAUACAGAUACUCUUCGCCAGUUGAGAGGUCUGAUCAAUACGAGAAGAGAGACUCCGGAACAAGCUGUCGGGUGGUGGAGAUGGGCAAUCACGAUGAUCGGAGGGCGUUCGGAGAUCGUCGUCAAGCAAUUCUAG